AUGGAAAAAUCAGCUAUGGUUGUAGACAAGUUACCCAGUCCAUUAGAGAUAAGUGAAGCAAGAGUGGAAAAGUUAAUGUGUAGUGAUGGAAGGCGCUUUGAAACCUUACCAGAACAAACAAAAUCUUUGAAAUCAGAUUUCCAAGCUUGCAAUAGUUCCUCAACAGCUCCUGUUAUCAUCUAUAUCUCCAAGAUGGUUAUGACUGUGUUAAGUGACCCAUACUGGGUACCAUCAACAGAAGAAGAACUAUUACAUUUUGGUGAGAAAGCAGAUUCCGAAAACCAGUCCCGCAAAUACAUGGACAGUGUACGGAGACGUAAAGGACUACAUGUCGAGGAGAAAAUAGUUGAACAUGGAGAGAAACAAAGAACUUUGGGAAGAAAUAAAUAA